UGUUAGUACUCAAUAGAAACGAGAAAUUGGAGUUUUCUACAAAAAGUAAUAAUAAUGUAACACAAUAAAUAUUAUUCUGUUUUAUCUGUAAUCGUAAGUAUAUUUUAUUAUUUUGAGCUGUCUGUUGGCAACAAUUAAUCAUUUUUUUAGUAUACAUAGGUCUAUGGGUUAGAGGCCUAUAAACUUUGUUUACAAGUCUAUCGCUGUAAAGGGGUCAACGGGUCAUGGGAGAAAAGAUUAUUUUAUUAAAAUAUAAAUUAAUAAACUAUAAUAAAUCAUAAUAAUUGAGAUGUACUUAGAACUAUUAGGCAAUAAAUAGGUAGUGAGUAGUGCGCAGUGACCACAAACCAAUAACUGUCCGCAUGAGUGCAUGUGAGUCGCUGAUUAUUUGGGUUUCAUAGCUUUUGAAAAGUUUUGAACGAAUCGCAUUAUUAUUUCUCCUUCCAAUGUUUUGUGAUAUAGGUACCUUUUAUCCGUUACCGUUCCGUUUUAAAUAAUUUAAAUUAUUAUUACCAUUCAAAAAAUUUAGAUAUUAAAUUCAAAAGAUAAUAAUUGGUCUCUGUUUAACAAUAAUAUUAUAAUAUUUAUAAUGGAAGAACAUUGUAAAUCGCUCGCUCUGCAGUACGAUUUAUUCAUUAACAAUACAAUAAAAUUGUUGGAUACAGCAAUUGAAAGAGGUAAGUCGUGUACUUAAAAAUAUAUAUAUAUAUAUAUAUACUUUGAUUAGACUAUGGAAGGUUAUGUGUUUAGCAUGUUUGUUUGUAUGCAGAUACUAUUUUUGUUUUUUUAGAUAACUUAAAAAUAGUAUAUAAUAAAUUAUAAUCAAAUAUUUAAAAAAACAUUUUUACCAUACAUGAUAUGAUUUUAUUUAGUCCGUCCCCCUCCUUGUAUGUAUGUUUAUUCAUAGAAUCUAAGUCAAUGGAACAUUUCAACAAAUGAUGUGUCACAAUUUGGUGUGAUCUAGGGGCUAAUAUUUUUUUUUUACCUGGUCGUGAUGGGCACCAAAUUAAUCCUUAUGAAUAAAAACUGGGCAUUAAUACAAUAUAGCAUAUGCAGUGGUCAUUUUUAGAUACGUUUUUAUACCCCUAAAAAUUUCAUUUUUCUUUUACUAUUUAAAGUUGAAAAAAAAUAGGCUUUUAGUCAUGUAAUAGCAAUAACUACAAAUUGAAUUGAAAUUUUAGUCCUUGUCUAUUUACAAUUUUUAGAAUUUUGUGUAAUAAAAUAAAAUUGUUCUUUAAGACUUAAGUAGAUUGUUUGAAUAUAGUCUUGUUAAAAUAGUAUUAUUCAUUAAAUUGUUUAAUUAAUAUCAGUAAAUAUUAUUUAUAUGUUAAAAUGUAUGAUGUAUUUAGAUUAUAUAGUGAAAUUGAAGACCAUCGAUGAAUUAGCAUGUAAAAUCCAUAAUGGAGAAGAUGAUAAAACAACUAUUAAGAAAACUCUAGAAGCUGUUCAAGAUGAAUGUACAAAGUUAUCUUUUAAAAUCAAAACUUCUGCUCGUUUGCUGGAUGAAGCUCAAGUAGAAAAAGAAAACAUUUUAGUUGAAAAUAAAACAUUGGUAAAUUAAACAAAUAGUGUAUUAGUUAAUGACUUAUGUCAGCAUUACUUAAUUACCAACUAUUAAACACUAACUAGCUUAACCUUAUUUUAUAUUUAUUUGAUAUAAAAGUUUUGUUUUUUUUCUAGAAAUCUCAAUUGGAACAAUUAUACAGUUUAUUUAAAAAACCUGAUACUACAGAAACAUCUCAAACAUGCCACUCUCACUGCUUUGAAUAUGCACAACCAAAUGAAAAGAAAACUCUUAAUAAUACUGGUAAAUUAAUUAAUUGUAAACCCUAAAAUAUAUCUAUUGAAUAUAAUCUAACUAUUAACUAAUCUAUUUUAUUUAUAAUAAUUAUUUCCAAAAAGAAUUUAUUAAAAAAAAUUGUAAUGUUCAAUAGAUUAAGUACUAACAAUUAUGAACUUAAUUAUAUUUUAUAGAUGCUUUGUUAUCAGAUCUGAGUUAUAGUUUUUCUGAAGACAGUUCUUAUUGCAAUUUGACAAAGAAUUCAAAACCUAAAUAUGCAACAGUAAAAAAGUGUUCAACAAAUAAUGUUCCAACAAAUAUAAAGAGUAAAUCAUGUGAGGUAGGUGCUUUUACCUAAAUGUUGUGCCCUUUUUUAAAUUUUUUGAAAGUAAGAUAUUUAAACAUUUUAAUUUUUAAAUGUUUAGUACAUUUUUUUGGAUUGUAAUUUUAGCCAAAUAACUUAAUUGAGGUGUACUUUUUUUUCAUAUGAAAAACAUUUUUGAUUAAUAAAAAUACUUUAUACCGUGCCUACUCUAAAAUAUAUAGAAUUUUAAUCUCAUUGUACUUUAUCAUAAUUGUUAAACAUUUCAACAGUUCACGUCACCUCCUUUUCUCCCGGUCCUUUUUUGGUUUUUAUCAAUAUUCGAAUUACUUUAAUAAGGAAAAAAAACACUUUUAAUAAUUUUGCUCACAAUUGUUUUUCGUUUGGGAUAAUUAUACUUGAAUACCCAUGGUAAAAAGUACAUCUAGCUCUUUUUCAGUACUAUAGUAUAUAUAUAUAAUUUUAGUAUAUUAUUGCUUUAUUUUAGAUUAAAAAUGUAAAGGGUGAAUGUGGACAAAUUAUUGCUACAACUACUGUAACUGUGGAUUUAGAUGGCAUUAAUGCUAAAUCAAUCAUAAAAAAUCAAGCAGUUUCAACAUCAUCAAAACCUCAGUCAAUAUCAUCAAGUUGGUCAAUAAUUUUUAAUUUUUUUAUGACAAAAGUAAAUCAACUUUUUUUUAGGUUCUACCGAUUCAUUAUCUUCCAAUGAGUUAGACAAACAUAUAAAACAUUCAAACUGUAAUAAAUUAGAUAAAAAUAUUGAAAAAAUACAUGAUUUUGUUCAAAAAAUUGUUGUUAUUCCUGAAAUAUGUGGACAGUGUCAUAAGAAGUUUGUGAAUAAAAUGUCUUUGUUAUAAUAAAUUGAUUUAAUUAUGUAUAAUAUAAUUUUUUCAGAGUAAAAUUUAAUAAUUAUAUGGUCAAAUGUCUAGACUGUAAAAUUGUUGCCCAUUUGGAAUGCAAGGAUCUCUUAUCUGAUAUGUGUACAUUAGAUCCAAAUAUAAUUUUUGCUUUGAAUGUCAGUAAUCUAAUAUUUAUUUAUUUUUUAUUGCUUUAAAUCAUUUAAAAUAAUUACUAUCUUCCAAAUAGUGUGGUAUUCCUCCUUUGAUAGUUUAUUGUGUCAACGAGAUUGAAAAAAGAGGUUUGGAUAUAAAUGAUUUAUAUAGGGCAUCCGGUUCUGAUGAAGAAGUUAAAAAAUUAAUAAAUCAAUUUCAUAAAGUUGUUCCUAAAUUAAGCAAUGUUGACAUUCAUGUAAUAUGUGACUGUCUUAAAAACUUCAUUCGUAUGCAGCUAAAUCUAAUUUCUCAAAGCGAUUUUUCAAAGUUAGCUGAUGCUUUGAAAAAGGAUAAUGGAUCACUUAGUGAAGGUGUUAUUGAAUUGCCUCCCAUUAAUCGCAAAAUACUUGCAUUUCUUAUUCUUCAUUUGCAAAAGUAUAUAUUAAUGUAAAUAUUUUAUUAGUAAAAAACAAAAUUAAUUAUUUUCAUUUGUUUUUAUAGUGUUAUCAAUUCUCCGCAGUGCUGCACGGAUUAUAACAGUUUAGCUAUAGUUUUUGGACCUAUUAUUGUUGAUCUUUCAAGUCCUAUUUGCAUAAAUGAUUUACAUAUUGAGACUGAAAUAAUUUUUAAAGUAAGUUUUACAGUUAAAAUUUACAAUUUAUAUUAAAUAUAAACAAUUUAUAUUAAAUAUAAACAAUUUUUUUUUUAGGUUUUAAUGGAAUUGCUUAAAUUACCCAGAAGUUUUUGGAAUAAUAUGUUGAAAAUUGAUACUAUAGCUUCAGAUGAACUAUUACACAGUACCCCAUCCCGAAAACAAUAUAAAAAACAACCACCAGCACUUCGUUUUUUUUCUUCUGGGUAAAUAUAUAUUUAUUCAUUACAUUUUUUUUUAUUUUAUGAUAUUUACGUAUUUAUUAUAUUUAGAUCAAAGAAACGAAUACUAGACUUGCCAAAAAAAAAAGAAUUAAGAAAGGUUGAAUUUGAAAAAAAAUUUGAAUUUAGUGAUUAAUUCAUCAAUUUGUAAUAUGUAAAUCAAUUUAAUGUCUUUUCAUAUUAAGUUUUUUUGUUUUAAUAAUAUUGAGUUAAAGGUAAAUAUAUAUUUUUUUUUAUAACUAGACUAUAGAAGUUUAUAGUAAAGAAGUUAAAUUUGUAUUAAUAUGCUUAUCUUUUUUUCCUUUUUUUUAGAUUUAUAAACAAAUAUUAAUUUUGUAGUAAAGAUUAUGUUCAUUUUUUUUUUCACAAAUAAACAUCAACAAGUCUGUAUAUUUAACUUGUUAACUAAUAUAAUAAUAAAUAAGAUACUAUUACACUCAAUUAUCACAUUAUCUACAUAAAUAUAUGAGAUUUAACUUUUGCAGUUGACCCAUUUUAAUUCGUUUUUAAUAUCUAUACAUUUUUCAAAAUCAAAAAAUAAAAUAUACAUACAUAUAAAUAUUUAGAAAUAUUUGAUUUUUUUUAGAAAUAUUUUAUAUUAUUAUUAUUAUUAUUAUUUAUUAUUAUUUUAUAAAUUUGGCAUUUAUAAUUUCAAGAAAAACUAAAUGAAAAUGUAGCAUUACAACAAUAGUGUUCAGUACUUAAUUUUUUAUGUUUUAACACAGCAAAAAUAGGUUACCAAAUUAUUAUACUGCCUGAGAUAUUAUAUUAAUUGGUAAAAGAUUUGAAAUGUGUACAUUCUUAUAUAAAUUUAAUUUUUAAUUAUUGAUUAUUUUAACAAGACUUACCAUCACAAUAUGAUAUUUUAUUUAUUAUACUUUUCAUUCAAUUAAACAGAUGGAUGUUUUAUACAUUUACAUUUAAAAAUCUCCUUUACUAUAUAAUAAAACACAAUAUAUGUUUUAAGUUUAUAUAGAAAAAAAGUAGAAUUUAUUUAAUUCUACGAAAUGUUAAAUUCAAUCUAAUAUUAGUUGCUUUCUUUUGUUUAGGAACUGAAUGAAACCAAUAUACAUUUGUUGGCCAAUUCAUCAUUAAAAGACUGCCAUGGUGUAAAUCUAAUAUUUUUAGUUCCACAUGUCUUAUUUUUUUACGGACAUCUGUAUGUUUUAACACAAAUUUUCUUGUUUGUCCUAAGGACACAGAAGCAAUUGGUACCAUUUUAUCCAAUUCUGAUUCAUUGUCUCUGUGCUCACUUAUGUGAUCUUCACCAUUUCUGUACCUUUAAACACUCAAUAUUGUAAACUGGCUAUCCAAUGACCAUAAUAUACUGUUUUGCACUUACCUGUUCACUAAAACAAAAUUGUAAUCCACACCUCGAGCGGAACAUAUUUUGUUUUUCAAUUCCAGUAGUGGUGUCGGCCAUGGUUGGGCCGAGACGACUGUACCCGAAAACUUAUAUAAUACGCCCUCGUCUCCAAACGCUACUUGUUGUCUGGGUAUAGGAUAGUACUGUCCAAAUACUUUUACUUGAGUCAAUCGACUGUCUAGGUAAUUGAUGUUGUUUUCCAUAUACUCCAUUAGUGAAUUGCCCUCAGUGGCAGUUAGAAAUUUAUUGCAAUAGUCCAAAUCUAAAUUUUCUGCUACAAUUUUUUCCCAUUCCGGUUCCAAUUUAUUUUUCAUUAACUUUUCGUACAGACUAACCAUAAUUAAUUAUAAUAUUAGCACUGGAUACGGAAUAGAGCCCUGCACAGGUAAUAAUAAGUACAAAUAUCUAAUACCAAUCAUCAAUGUAAGUUUUAAAAUAAUAUUAUAAUUAUAAUUCUACCGAAAACUGUUAUUAAUUUAUAAUUUUAUAGCACAGUAAUUCUAAUCUUUGUGAUUCUAAUAAAC